AUGCCAGAACCAGGCGGCCGAGCCCAUACUUUGGAGUCCUCAGCCUCGAUGUGCUGGACUCUUUUAUUCCUGGCUUACUCUUCUUCGACAUUUGUCAACGAAUUUGGACAUGGAUGGCAAGCAGCUUGGACGGUGCUAUUAGUUUUGGUUCCAGUGUGCCUCGCCGGUGCACCCAACAUCAUGGACGGUCGCCGCCGCGCAGUCCCUAUAUUGGCAAUUUACGUAGCGUAUAUCCUCAUCCCGUCACUGCUUCAGCUCACAAAGCCAGACGACCACUCAUCGCUUCGCUCCGAAAUGGCCGACCUGAUUACCGUUCUUUGCAUCUGGCUUCCACUGGAAUUUAAGCUGUUGUCAUCGGACAUAUCACCGACUGGAAAGGUUACAGCCUGGGGCUUGUUCACCGCAGCUUUGACAGUCGUGAACUGCUUCACAAUUCUACGCCCUUUUCAAAGCUGGCCCACGCUCGUGACUUGGGCUACACUUUCAAGGUAA